AUGGGCGCUGAUCUGCUGACGAAGAUAAUACCCGAGGUGUGUGCACGACAUCGACGGGUACGGUUCAUUGUGGGUGGCGAAGGGCCAAAGAGGGUGGAUGUGGAGGAGAUGCGAGAGAGGUACUGCCUGCAGGACAGGGUCGUCAUGCUGGGCACACUGCCGCACAACCAGGUUCGUGACGUUCUGGUUCAAGGGCAGAUAUUUUUGAACACAUCGUUGACCGAAGCGUUUUGCAUGAGUAUUGUGGAGGCUGCUUCGUGCGGGUUACUUCAUUAUUAUUUAUCAUUACAAUAA